AUGGAUAGUUCAACGACCACGACGACUGGGACAGUCAAGCAGAUGGGAGAGUUGUCCAUCAAGGAUAAUGAUGAUAUAGAGCAACAACAGCAGGAAUACAGCUCUGAUGACGAUGAUGAAUGCGAUUGCGAGAUUGAUGAGAAUGAGCAGGAUAUAUCGACGUACUCCAAAGAGACGUUGGACGCUGCCAUUGCCACAAAGGUCUCCAUCGAGCAAUAUUAUACACAGCUAUUCAAAUCAUUGAAAGAGCGUGAAGAGAGACGAGUAUUCUUGGAACGAAAGAUGGAGGAGCUGAGUCUAAAGGAUGAACAGAGAUCAAUCAAGAGAAGAGAGUUGGAUAGGAGAGAGACAGAGUAUAUCAAGUCGCGUAGAAUACGUUUGACGGGACAUUCAUUCGAGUCGAUAAAGAUCAUUGGACGUGGAGCGUUUGGUGAAGUACGUCUCGUGCGCAUGAAGAAGAACAACAAAGUAUUCGCAAUGAAGAAGCUGGACAAGUCAAAGAUGAUCGAGAGGCAACAGACUGUACACGUUAGAAGCGAGAGAGAUAUCUUAGCCGACAAUAACAUCAAUGGGAACAACCCUUGGAUUGUCAGUCUGUAUUAUUCAUUCCAAGAUACCUACUACUUGUAUUUGAUUAUGGAGUAUGUUCCAGGAGGCGAUAUGAUGACACAGUUGAUAAAGUAUGAUACAUUCACCGAGGAUGCCACCAGGUUCUACAUUGCCGAAACAGUGCUGGCCCUGCACUCCAUCCACCGAAUGAACUACAUCCAUCGAGAUAUCAAGCCCGACAACUUGUUGAUCGAUAACAAAGGACAUAUUAAGGUCAGUGACUUUGGACUGUGCACUGGACUGGAGACAAAUAGAGUGCCAACAUUGGCAGAGAUAUAUAAGAAGUACCAGGGCGACAAUUUGAGCGAGGACGACCAGACUCUGCAAGGUCGCUCGGCAAGGUUCGACUCGUGGAAGAGACAGCGUCGCGUACUGGCCUACUCCAACGUGGGCACUCCCGACUACACAGCGCCCGAAGUGCUGAUGCAGAACGGAUACAGCGCAGAGUGCGAUUGGUGGAGCGUCGGCGUGAUCAUGUUUGAGAUGCUCGUGGGCUACCCACCCUUCUGCUCCGAGACACAGCGCGAGACCUAUCACAAGAUCAUGAACUGGAAGUACACGCUGCCCAAGAUCAUGGAGGAGGCCAAGGCCGAGGUGUCGCUAAGCGCCGAGGCACAGGACCUGAUCGAGCGCUUCCUGACCGACCCUAACCGCCGCAUUGGAGCCAACGGCGCCGAGGAGAUCCAGGCACAUCCAUUCUUCCGUGGCGUCAACUGGAAGACGUUGAGAGAGUCGACGCCGCCCAUCAUCCCCACGGUGACGUCGGCCACCGACACGUCCAACUUUGAUCACUAUGAUGAGGAGCCUGCGCACGUGCCCGCCGAGCCCAUCCCCCAGCCACAUGCUCAAGAGUCUAAAUCCAGGAGGAAGAUCAACUCAUUUGACAUCCCAUUCAUUGGCUAUACAUACAGGAACUUUGAGGCGAUGAGAGAACAAUUUGGAACUAUUGGACCACGAGAGACACUCAAGUUCUGA